GGGACGUAUAAUCCUUCUCAAAACAACUACAGAGAUGCUAAUUGUAUCUAGCUAUAAAUACAGUUUGACUCCUUGUCCUCUUUCUUUAUUCGGCUCUACUCUGGAAACCUAGAGCCGCCGCGGAUGCGCACCGGCUUCUCUGAAACAUUACUCCAUAUACCAGGAAAGGCCGUUAAAUAAGAGAGGCAGCAGAUAGAUGCUGCAAGUGUCAAUAAACUUGUCACACAAAAAAAAGUGAGCAGCGUGCGCACGGAGCUUUUACGCACGGUUGGAUACACCAUUUCGUGCGCCUUGUCAACAUUUCCUAACUGUUUUCGGUAAGCAACUGAGAAGCAACAAGCCGAGAUGUUCCCACUGCCGAUGUUCACGCCGGACCAGGUCGCUCGGGUGUGCGAGAACUUGGAGGAGACCGGGGACAUCGAGCGCCUCGGCAGGUUCCUCUGGUCCCUGCCCGCCGCCGUCCCUGGAUCCGCCGGGGAAGCGCUGAACCGACACGAGUCCGUGAUGCGAGCGAGAGCGCUGGUCGCCUUCCACGGUGGCAACUUUGACGCUCUCUACCAGAUCCUCCAGAGCCACCGGUUUACGCGCGAGUCGCACGCCAAGCUUCAAGACCUGUGGCUGGACGCGCACUACCGGGAGGCGGAGAGGCUCCGGGGGCGGCCGCUGGGCCCGGUGGAGAAGUACCGGAUCCGCAAGAAGUUCCCCCUGCCCCGCACAAUCUGGGACGGCGAGCAGAAGACGCAUUGCUUUAAGGAAAGAACUCGCAGUUUGUUGAGAGAGUGGUAUCUCCAAGACCCCUACCCCAACCCGUCCAGGAAACGCCACUUGGCCCAGGCCACAGGACUCACACCCACACAGGUCGGCAACUGGUUCAAGAACCGCCGACAAAGAGACCGCGCUGCAUCCGCAAAGAACAGAAUGCAGCAGGACCCCUCUCUCCUGCCCUCCGAGAGUUCACGUGACGGCUCCCAUCAGGAGCGCCGUCAUCACCCCCACUUGUUGCCUACCUCUCCUCGCCACCUGGGCAGCCCAGAGGCCAGUGACUGUAGCACAGAGACCGAGCGCAGAGGAAUGGGAGCCUCCACCCCGGACAUCUCCGUUAGCAGCGACAGCGAGUUCGAGUCUUGAGAUGAUGGACUCGCUUCAUGGACGGACUCUCGUUUCCUGCAGAGGCGAGAGAGGCGUCUGUCAUCAGACUCAGACAUACAUUAAAGACACUUGAACUGUCUUGUUACUGUGGACACACUGGAGGUGUUAUCAGUGGGAGGAGGGCGCGGAAGAGGCCACUUGAUGUGGCUGUGAGUGGACACUGUAAGGGAAGGAUAUGCAAAAACAACAUGCACUUAAAAAAGCACCAUGGCACAUGACCUUGACUGUUAUAUGAAUUAGUUUACAGCUGAACAUGAGUCAGCACUGUUGAUAGGCAAACAUAGUACGGGUACUUCUACAUGAACAACAGUGUUUUUCAACACUCACAGUAUUUAUAGAAGUAAUGCCAAUGAUCUUUAGAUGAUGUGAAUAUUAAUAUUUUAAGUUUUGAUACUGGUUUCAUUAAAUAUUUUGGGAUAGAUAAUGUUCUAGUUAUUAUCUAAGCUACAUCAUUCCUUUGUAUGGACAUUGUGAGGACACAAUGAACAAUGCCUUGAGUAGGCUAUUAAUAUAGGUAACUAUAUCCACAUGCACAUAAAUAACUUGUUUAUCUUUGGAUUAGGGAAAUUUCAUUGGCUGAUGCAAUGAUCCAAUGCAUGCUCUGUUUGCCAUCGAACUUUGCCCAUGUUUCAAAAUGGUUACAAAGUUGUGUUUUAACACAAAUGGUGGUGGAAAAAAGUCCAAAAUCCACCUAUUUAAUGGCACGAGUAAAAAUAAAGCUGGUAAGCAAACCUUGUCCAUAAUCUUGUUAAUCAGAGUAAUCAGGUUAUAAUGUGCAUGUAAACAUAGUGACAGACCAAAACUAUUUUCACUGCCUUAAUAAGGAACUAAUGGCAUCACUCUUCUACAAUGCAAAAACAAACAAUAACAUAACUUUAGACAGAUUUUACCGUAUGUAACUAAUGAGCUACAUGUGCUGCUAAAAUACAAAGCAUUUUGUUACUAGCUGUGUUUUACCUGCUCCUGUGUUACUAUGUCGAGCUUUUUGUAAAUGCUCCUGAGCUGCUCUGAUGAUCCUGCAGGAGCUGAAACAGAAAAGACGAAACAGCGAGAAUGUAAAAGCACUGAUCGGUCUUAACUCAUGUGCCUAUUUACAUCUGAAAACAGUGAAACCUAGUCACAUAUGAUUGUGUCCUCAUGUCGGAACGACACACUCAAAGGCCUACUGUCUGCUGUCUUUCUUACAACCAUCAUUUCUCAUAAUACAUUACUGCAUUUCAAUGAAAAGAUGUAUUUUGUAAAUGUUUUAUGUAAAUAAAUGAACCUAUUUUUA